UCUACUUUCAUUUUCGAUUCUGGAAAUAAAAUGUGAAAAGCCUAAAUUUACAAGUAGUAAGAAUAAAACAGUCAAUGUACAUGAUGUACCUGUAUGUAGACCAAAUGUAAUAAUGAGUUGACAAGACUUUGACAUUGGUUUAUCAGAUCUAGAGGUCAAAUAGAUUUACAUUCCAUUAGAAAACUAUCAUCACAAAGGAAUCUGUACAGAACAUGGCUUACUUCAUACCCCCUAGUCAGUUAAACAGGGCACCAGUCGUACCAGAUAACCCAGAUGUUCAAAUCAUUAAACAAUGUGUUCGAUAUUUGUCAGCGUCCAAUGGAAACACAGAAUCUGAACAAAAUUUACAGGCUGCAAUAGAACAAUGUCUUGGAAGAAAAUUCUCUGCAUCUUUGAUUCCAUUUUUAAAAAGUUAUCCAAAGAAUUUUGAAAUUGAAACAGAUGGAAGAAACAGUUUUAUCAGUGCUUUGACCAAAUUAGAACUUUGUCCCACACAUUGCUCAGGUCGUGGGACAUGUAGAGGAUCUCCUAUUUGUGACAAACUCCACAUUUGUAAAUUCUAUUUACUGUCAAAUUCCUGUCAAGUAGCUAAAUCUGGAAAAGUUUGUGCAUUUGGACAUGAUCUAACCACAGCACAUAACAAGACAUUGCUCAGGGAUAAUUAUAUGGAUGAAUUGAGAUUGGACGAUUUAAGGAACCUCUUCAGAAGUGUAAAGAGCAGAUGUCCGAUGACAACGCCACAGAUUUGUAAAUUCUAUAAUGUAGGAAAAGGAUGUACUAAAGAAAUUAGAGGUCAGCCAUGUCCCUUUCUACACCUGUGUAGAUUCUAUAUCAGUGGGACAUGCAAAUUUGGAAAGGGAUGUAGAAGGAGUCAUGACCUUCUGAACCAACAGGUCAAAGCUCUUCUAGAAAAGUAUGGUAUAAGUACACGUAGAAGUCCAAAGGAAGUUUUAGCUGACCUACAAGAGAUAGGAGUAUCACAGUUUGGAGAUGACAGUGACUCUGGUAGUGUGCAGUCAUCUACUGGAAGACAAACAACAUCAAGAUUUCAAAACAUGAAAAGGUUCAAUUCCAAUCCCAACCUUUUAGGCGGUAUGACCAAUCUAUCAUUAGCUGUUGAAAUAGAUACUGCAGAUCCUUCUACACAGUCAAUGUCAAUGGAAAUAUGUAUUUACCAUCUACGAGGGAAAUGUGCAUUCGGUAAAAAUUGUCGUAGACACCAUAAAGAUUCCAUGUAUCAGUGGCAAUUUAGACAGCAAGGUGAUACUUCAGAUGAAGAUUGGACUGAUUUUAGAUCAACAGCGAGCUUUGACCUUGAAAUGAACUUUAGUGAUGUUGAAAAAGAAAAAUGUUACAUUCAAUUUAGUAAACAGCAUGUAUUACAAGUUGACUUUGGUAAGAUGAUUGGUGAGAUGAAAGGUUCACCCACACUAGAAGUUAGACGUCUCACGACAGAAUCGUCAGCCGUACAGAAGUUCCAACCAUUAGCUACUAAGUGGAGGUGGUAUUGGAAAGACCAGACAAAUAAAUGGAUUAUUUAUGGAGGACAGAAUGAGACAGGAUACAAAGCCAUGAUUGACAGUGAAAGUCUUGAGCAACAUUACCAAGAAAACCCAAUAGGACAGAUGAAAUUUGCAACAAUGGGCCAUGAGUAUAUCAUGGACUACCAAAAAAUGGUACAGAAAAAUGUAGUCCACAAGACAGAAAGAAGUGUUAGAAGACGUCCAACAUUAGUUCAGGCAGCAGAAAUAGAAAAAAGGAAAAAGAAAUCAGCUGACACAGGGAAUGCCAAGACCACAGCUACAUCAUUAGUUGUUCAUGCACCACUGGACAACGACCCUCUGUCUUAUAUACCACACCAUUGGUCAUUUGAUAGACAGAAAAGUCCAGCAGAAAUCAGCGAUCAUUUUCACAUGGUAACAUGUUCUAAAAAAAGUGAUGAGUAUAAGAAGAUGAAAAAGUUUUUCUAUGCAACCAUGCCACCAUCAGCUGAAAUCGAACAAAUAAAGAGAAUAGAAAAUGGAGAACUCUGGAUUAACUUUGUUAGCAAAAGAGAGAAAAUGAAAAGAAAGAAGAAAGAAGAAGACAUAGCUGAAUUAGAAUUAUUCCACGGGACAAAUGAAAAGUUUAUUAACGCUAUCAGUAAGCAGGGAUUUGAUUUUAGAUUUAGCGGAAGCAAGACGGGAAAUAAAUAUGGUAAAGGAAGCUACUUUGCCAAGUAUGCAAAAACAGCUGAUAGCUAUACAGAUUUCGGUGUUAAGAAACAUAUGUUUGUAGUACGAGUAUUACCCGGUGAUUAUGCUCCUGGAAGUUCGUCAUUUGUACGACCUCCACCAAGAAACCCCAGUGAUCCUUUUGAAUUAUACGACUCGUGUGUUGACAAUUUACAGAAUCCUAUUAUACAUGUGAUAUUUACUUUUGAUCAGGUUUAUCCUGAGUACAUUAUAGAAUAUAGAAAAUUAGGGAUUUAA